AAGGAAGAAAUGUUUUUGAAAUUUAUUAAGGAAGUAAUUUUUAUCUUUUUGACCAUGCUUGGCAUUCUGGGGAACAUGUCUGUUUCUGUGAACUACAUGUUCAGCUGGUGGGGAGGCCCUGAGAAGAAACCCACACACCUGAUUCUCAUCCACUUGGCUUUUACAAACAUCAUAAUCCUUCUUGCAAGAGGAUUGCCAAAGACAAUAGCAGCUUUGGGUUUGAGAAACUCCCUAGAUGACAUAGGCUGUAAGAUCACUGCUUACCUGGAGAGGGUGGCCCGUGGUGUCUCCAUCUGCACCAGCAGUCUCCUCACUGUGGUCCAGGCCAUCAUCAUCAGUCCCAGAGCAUCUGGGUGGAGGAGGCUCAGACCAAACUCUGUAUGGCACAUCCUUCCACUCUUCUUAUUCUUUUGGAUACUUAAUUCUUUAAUAGGUGUGAACUUAAUCCAUUUCAUGAAAAGCACAAAUCUCAAUAUAUCACAGCUUAUGAAUGGCUACAAUGAAUGUUAUUUAAUGUUAGAGAGUCAGAAAAUAAAAUGGAUUGUUCUCCCUCUCAUGAUCCUGAGAGACGCAGUGUUCCAGGGCGCCAUGGGAGGGGCCAGUGGCUACAUGGUGUUUCUUCUCCACAAGCACCACCAGCAUGUCCUCUACCUUCAGAACGCCAAGCUUCUCUACAGAACUCCCCCUGAGCUGAAAGCUGCUCAGAGUGUCCUCCUUCUGAUGCUCUGUUUUGUUUUCUUCUACUGGACAGAUUGUGCCUUUUCUCUCUUUGUAAGUCUCUCUUUAGGGGACAAUUACUUGAUGAUAAACAUUCAAAAAUUUCUUACACUUGGUUAUGCAGUCUCAAGCCCCAUUGUGUUGAUCCACAGAGAUAGACUUCUGACCAAAUGUUGA